GCCAUGGGGAGAAGUGCUUUUGCUCUGGUCCUCGCCCUUGCCCUGGCAGUGUGUGUUUCACCUGCGGAGAGGAAGUGCCUUCUCUCCGGGUCGUGGCAGAGCGACACCAGCUCUCGGAUGGUUGUGUUCACCCUGGAAAAGGACAACAGAUUCUCUGGUUUUUACCUGCCAGGACCUGCUGCUGGCAACUCGGAACUCCUCACCUCACCACUGGAGGGGUCCCAACAGGACACAGGGCUGGCCCCACAGCCCACCUUCUCCUUCACCGUGAACUGGCGGCUCCGAGACUCAGGGGCUGCUCAGGCAACUGUCUUCCUGGGCCAGUGCUAUGUGGACACCAACGGGGAGGAGACCCUGCACGCCCUGUGGCUCCUGCGAGAGGCAAACGACAGUCCUGCAGAGGACUGGAAAGCCACCCGGAUUGGCACCAGUGUCUUCACACGGAUAAAAUAACAGCAAGUGGGAAAAUCCAGCAGGCUCAGGACGGCAGGGAGUCCCUCGGCAGACUUUGCCUGCACCAACGUGGUGCACUUGAGCAGCUCUCAGCCCAGAGGUUCAUGUUUUCUUAGGCAAGUUCACCAGAUGCAAAAUAAAGGGUUUCUG